CAAGAUAUAGUCUAUCGUAUAUUUUCAUGUGUAUGUAGAUAUUUAUGUUGACCACUGAUGUUGUUUUAGAAAUCGAGCUUUGAGUGUUAAUGAAAUGUUGUUGUUGACUCUUCGAUAUUACGCAUCAGGAAAUUUUCUAAUAACUGUCGCUGAUUAUUGUGGAGUAAGUGUUAUGACAGCAAGUAGAACUGUGAAAAGGGUAUCAAAAGCAUUGGCAAAACUGUAUCCAAAAUUUAUAAAAAUGCCAAAAGUAACAGAACUUAAAUCAAAUACAAAUGCUUUUUACAAUAUUGCAAAAUUUCCAAAAGUUUUCGUAAGUAUAGAUUGUACUCACAUACGUAUUCGGUCUCCCGGUGGAAAUAAUGCGGAAUUGUAUCGAAAUAGAAAGGGGUAUUUUUCCUUUAAUGUACAAGCUAUUUGCAACGCACAUUUAGAAAUUAUGGAUAUUGUAUGUAGGUGGCCAGGGUCAGGGUCAGCUCCAUUGACUAAUCCCGUAACACAUGCAGAAAUAUUGUACGAGUCACAAAUACGAACACGAAAUACUAUCGAACGAUGUUUUGGCGUAUUGAAAAGGCGAUUUCCUAUAUUAAGUUUAGGUAUGCGUGUAUCAAUAGAUACAUCAAUGGCAAUAAUUGUGGCAUGUGCAGUGCUACACAACAUAGCUGUCAAAUAUAAAGUGGAAGAACCCUCGGGAGAGGUUAGUUUAAAUUCGGGAACUACAGAUGAUCAAUGUUCUACAAAUACAGAAGAAUUUUCAACAAAUAUAGCACAAUCCCAUGUUAGAAGUCAUCUAAAUUCAUUUUGA